AUGGCGCCCUUUACGGAAGCCUGGAAGGCUGCCGUAGAAGCUGAGAAGGGGCUUCUACAAUGCUUCUCACAGGAACGUCGCACCUUCGAUGAAUUCGAGCAUUACCUGGCCGAAUUCCGGACAUCAUGCCAAAACGCACUACUCUUUGACUUCAAUGCCGCCCGUGAGGCCGACGUGGAGGUUCGGUUGUGGGAUGCGCAUUUGAAAGUGAACAAUCGGUUCCGCAAGCAGCUGCUUCGCUUUCGCGAAGAGCACGGCAAGAAGAAACCGGUCGAAAGACGGAAACUCGAACGUCAUUACCUCGAUUUUAUCAAGUCCAGCCAGCGGUUCUACAGGGGAUUCAUCCAGCAUUUAGCCUCCCGCUUUGGGGGAAUUCUUGAGCUGGAGAGAGUUGCGCGCAAGUUCAAUUUUGAGAACCUGUCCGGCCAACCUCCCAUCAAGCCCUCCGGCGAACUGCGCACACUCAUUAUUCAAUCGUGUCACUCGACCCUCAUUCGUCUAGGAGACCUCUCCCGUUAUCGUGAAUCAGAACUCGUCAGCAAAGAUCGAAAUUGGGGCCCUGCUAUUGGCUAUUAUGAUUUGGCAUCUGUGAUCAAACCAGCAUCUGGUGCAUCUCAGAAUCAGCUAGCGAUCAUAGCUCUGGCUGAUGGAAACCAUCUUCGUGCCAUGUAUCAUCUCUACAGAGCUCUCUCGGCGCAGGAACCCCAUCCUGCGGCCAAGGGCAACCUGGAACUCGAAUUUCGAAAAAUCAUGACCGCCUGGGCAAAAAAGGAAUUGAUCCGCCCCGAAGAUGCUGGUAUUCCCGGUAGAGCAUUGACACCAUGGUUUCUUUAUCUUCACGCCAAAUGCUACAAAGGCACUGACUUUCCAGAGCAUGAUGAGCUCGAGAGCGAGGUUCUCAGUCAAUUAGGAGUUGAAAUAAGAGAAAGAUCACUCGAAGGCACACUUCAGAAGUUCUGUCUCAUCAACAUCGCGGCCGAGGAUUAUGCCAACUACCGUUCUACCAGUAUGCGUGACCACAUUGCUGCUACUUUCGUUGAGCCUAUGCUGACCUGUCUCUCAGAGGAGUCUGUGUCUGACGCGCGCGUUUUCUUCCAGCGAAUUAACGUCAAAACGUUCUUUACCUUGCUCCAAAUCCUUCUGGCUGAGCUAGAAAGAACAGCCUCCUUUGAAGAUUUAGGCAAAGACUCACUUCCGAGCCCAGACAAAGUUUCCGUGGUAGCACGUCGGAUUCUGCCUGCACUUCGCCAUUACAGUUCCUGGCUACUUGCGAACAAGCAAUCUUUGAUCGAUCAAAAGGAAGAGAAAGAUUCAGCACUCUCGAUCCAGAUCAAGGAGUUCUGGAAGAUCUACGCCAGCACACUGAGCUUGAUCGCAUCCUCCUUUGACAUAGCCAGCCUUCCUCAAAUUGACUACUUGUUGGAAGAAGACGAGGAAAGCCUUGGUUUUGCGCCUUUGGAUCAAGAGGCUACUAACCGUCGAUACGUUUCAGAGAGUGCUCAGCCAAAACCUCGCAUGCUCGACCUUGGAGUAGAAAGAAGCCACCCUAACAUGGAAAUGCUCUAUCGAAUCCGCGAUUUCGUGAUUGAUGGACUUUACUUGGUUUUGGAAGGUAAAAUCCCGGUUGCCCUUGUAAGAAAUGGCGAAGACAGGAAGACUUUCAUCUAUAAGGAGGAGGAUCUACCAUCGCAAUUCUUCUCCAGCCCCGACGACCGAAACCAUGAGCUUUCGGCUGGAAACAUUGAGCGCGAGGAUAUUCCACAGGCCCCUCAACAUCCCUACUCUGCCGCUGAAGCCCAAAGUCUGUUUGGUGGCUCUCAAUCGGCAUCGGCAUCUAUGUCUGCAAACAUGCACCAAAUUGUUGAGGGUGUUGAGCGACUGGUGGAUUCGGAUACAUAUGAAAAUCCCUCCGAUGACCAAUACGCAUUCUUGAGCCCGGUUGGGGAGAUUCUUACGCCUACGCAUGUAUCCCCAAACCCCAAUUCCUAUCCUUUUGGGGAACAAAGCUCGCCGCCACUCAAUAACCAUAUUGUUCCCCCGCCUGGGCUUGGGCCUCCUGUUGCAAACGGAGCUGAUCUGCUCCGAUCGUCCUCGGCUCAGUCAUAUACCCCAAGGCCCACCAUACCCAGCAUACCCAGCAUCUGGAAUCUAGGAAGAGAUAAUGCUUCUCCCAGAACCCCUCCAGGUCUAGGCCCACAAGCGCUGGUUGGCCAGCAAGCUCCGCUGCAUUCCAUGGCUGCUGGAAGUGGCAUGUCAUCUGAACGCUCACCGUCCCAAGAUCAACUUGCAAAUGAGUUGAUGCUUCGGCAGCACCUCUUGGCGCAGAGCCACCAGAGCCAAUUCUCUAAUUCGGUAGAUGUAGGAUCAAUGCCCACGCCAUGGCCAUCGUCCAACAUGUCUUCUGCACAGUCCCGUCCCACUGGUAACGGCUGGGACCAUGGUCGAACAACCUUCGGUGCAUUCGAGCUACCAAGUCAAGCACCCUCUAGCAGUAUGGGACAUCCAUCAUGGGCGAACGAAGCUUUCAUCGCCAGCAGCCUUGCUAGCGGAACUCCCUACGGCUCCGGCAUUACAGGCCGCAAGCCCAUAACGCAACUCGGGGCGGUCGGCCAAACGCCACCGUGUGGCCAAGGGGGUUGA